AUGGACACGAAGUAUUUCCAUCGAUCGGUCCACUUAGUACUUGGCUUUUCAUUGCAGCCGACGACAAAAUGCCAUCUGGAAUUCCUUGAGGAGGCUGUUCUAAACCGUCCUUACUACAUAGCGAGAAUAAAUUUGCUAACGCUAGUGGAACGGCAUGCAACAUGGACGCCGACAGUGGAAGCCCUGUGGCUAGCGAACAGGUUAAUUUGGCGUGGGUACAGCUGCACUUUUCCUGUACAAAUACGGCAAGAGAUAGCUACUUAUGUGCCUUCUGAAGCAGCCGCGCAAGGAGAAGACUUCGAAUUUAGGGUGACCUUCGUAAAGUCAAUACUUAGGGAAUCACAACCAACGGAGUUGUCUGAAGGGAAAUAUUGCAACAAAAUCAUGGAAUUAGCGUCCGGAUUUAUACAAGUUUGCUACAUUUUGGAGCUGCAACAACACCAUGGAAUAGCUCAUAUUUUAGUGCGCCGAACAAACGCAUCGUUCUGGGAAGUACAAUGUCAACUUAUGUUUACAUUGAAUUCACAUCACCCACACGGGUGUAGAUUCAACGUGGAAGCGAAUUCCGUACCCAAACAUUAUUAA